AUCAGGUGCGUCGCUCCCAGCUUAGGGAAGAAGCAGAUGAUAUGGCAGCUUAGAGCGACCAGGUGGAACUAGCUUGGUUGGAUGUUGGUGUCUGCGGAGCCGCGGACUCAGCCGGACCCCUGGAAAUGAUUUACCUGAUCCUGAUCUCCGCACUGUGCGGGGCCGCCGUCACGCUGCUCUUACAGUUCUUGUUGAUAUACAGGAGGAGCCCAGAGCCCUUAGAUAGGAGCGUUCAGUAUGUCAAAGUAGUGCCCGAUAACGCACUAAAAGAUUACUUUAAUGCCGGCCGGGCCGAACCGAGCCAGCAGGACGGCGGAGCGGCAGCAGCAUCCAAACCGCAGGAGGCAACCUUCAGCCGGCAGCAGGAAGCGGCUGUGACCGGCGGCAGCCCGAAGCAGCAGCAGCAGCUCAACAGCGAGCUGCUGGAUGCUGGGAGGACAGAAACAUGCAAUUUCCUCAAUGCCAUCUUCCUGUUUCUGUUCAGAGAGCUGAGGGACACCCCGGCGGUCCGCCACUGGAUGACCAAAAAGAUCAAGGUGGAGUUUGAGGAGCUGCUGCAGACUAAGACGGCGGGUCGCCUCCUGGAGGGGCUCAGCCUGAGGGACAUCUCCCUGGGGAACUCUCUGCCGGUCUUCAAGGCGGCCAGGCUCCUCAAACCGGCGCAGCUGGACGACGACGGGAUGCCGGAGGAGCUCAACUUCGAGGUGGACAUCGAGUACAAUGGCGGCUUCCAUCUGGCCAUCGACGUGGACCUGGUGUUCGGCAAGUCCGCCUACCUGUUCGUCAAGAUGCGGCGCGUGGUGGGCAGGCUCCGGCUGCAGUUCACGCGCAUGCCCUUCUCCCAUUGGUCCUUCUCCUUCCUGGAGGACCCGCUGGUGGAUUUUGAGGUGAAGUCUCAGUUUGAAGGGAGGCCGCUGCCUCAGCUGACCUCCUUCAUAGUCAACCAGCUGAAACGGGUCAUCAAGAAGAAGCACACCCUGCCCAACUACAAGAUCAGAUACAAGCCCUUCUUUCCAUUCCAAGUGCAGCCUCCGCCGGGUUCAGCCUGUGACUUGGACCUGUCUGUCCAGGACAGCCGGCUGGUGGAAGGAAAACUCAGAGUCACUCUCAUCGAAUGCAGCAGGCUCUUCAUCCUGGGCUCCUACGACAGAGAAACCUACGUCCACUGCACCCUGGAGCUGAGCAGCCAGCGGUGGAAGGAGAAGACGCGCAGCUCCAUCAAACGGACGGAGGUUAUCAAGGGACCAUGUGGCAGUGUGGGGAUGACAUUUAGGCACAUUCCUGCCUGUGAAGGGGAUGCAGUUUAUGUCAGCAUAGAGACAGUAAUCCCCAACUCCCCCGCAGCCCUGGCUGACCUCCAGAGGGGUGAUCGCCUGAUUGCUAUUGGAGGUGUCAAAGUAACAUCUUCAGUUCAAGUACCAAAACUGUUGAAACAAGCAGGAGAAAGGGUGGUGGUUCUAUAUGAGAGACCGGUUCGUCAUCAGGCCCCAACCUCUGGAGCACUACAAGAGGGAUUGGGUCCGCUGGAGGAGCCAGGCUUCGUAGCACAGCCAUCAGGAUACGAGGAGGACCCGGCUCCAAUUACUACUCUUUCUGACGUAUCUGACAGCAAAGACAUGGACUCUGAGUUCGAGGAGUUGCUCCUGGACUCCAAAGUCAGCCAGCCUAGUGGACCCAACAUCAGUACCACUAAUAUUAGUGACACAAAGGAGGAUUUUUUACUUGCUGUUAACCAAAGUCCUAAAAGAACCGUGGCGAAUUUGGCAUCCAAGCCACUCGGUACCAUCUCGCCCAUCCUAAACCGAAAGUUGAACCUUGUUGGUCUCCAGUCUCCAUUGAAGCCCCAGCCCAAAGAAUCAGCCAAAGCAUCACCGCAUAAAACUGGUAUUGAACCUAGUGAGAGUCUGAAUCGGCCAACUGUCCUUCCUCCCCCUCCUCCCUCACGUCCCCCGGUGCCACCGAGACCACAGAUCAGAUUGACAUCGGCGUCCUCAGAAACCAGUCUUCUUGAAAGCGUUGAUUCCAUUUCAAAUGCCGUUGUGAUUCCUGCUCCUACAAUGGUUGCCUCCGCCGGUAUUUCUGAAAAAUCUACAGAGAAGGUUCCAGUUUGUGGAGCCACUGAGGAUAAGAGCGGCACGGAUAAAACGUGUACGAAACAAUCUGAAGGAAAACCGUUUACAAAGGCUGCAGAAUCAAGCGACGAGACGCUCAGUUCUUACUCUGUUACCGGCAGCAAGGGAGAUCAAUCAAAAGACAAAGUUUCAGAAAGCUCCUUUAGUACAAGAGACAGUCUGGAUGACCACUGCCUCUGGGAAUCCCCAGAAACGAUGUUUGGCAAACAUACGGCACGCUGGUCCAAGGCCUCUGUGGUGUUUGAUGUGGAGAGUAACCACAAGUAUCUCAAUGUGGCCCUUUGGUGCAAAGAUCCCUUUAAGCUAGGCAGUUUGUUGUGUCUGGGCCAUGCCAGCCUCCCAUUGGAGCAUAUAGCUCUGGAAUGUAUGGCCACAUCUUCCGCUGAGUACCAGAGCACCUUUAGGUUGGGGGCUCCUGAGCCGAAAGCAAAUGUCAGCCGCACCGCACUACGCAACCUUAGUACCCACAAGGGUUUUAAUGAGAAACUGUGUUACGGAGACGUUACCUUAAACUUCUGUUACUUGGCAGAGGGGGAGUUGGAGUAUCCAGUAGGGUCAGUCGAACGGGAGCGAGAGGGCAGCCUCUAUGAUGAGGAUCUGAGGGAGAGAGAACCUGUUCCCUCUGUGCCGCGUGACGACUUGGCUUAUAGCCCCUUGCAGUCAACAGAAGUCCGUCACAACUUCCAGGACACCCAGUUCCAGAACCCUACCUGGUGUGAAUACUGCAAAAAGAAGGUGUGGACUAAGGCGGCCUCGCAGUGUAUCAUUUGCUCCUAUGUUUGCCAUAAAAAGUGCCAGGAUAAGUGCCUUGCUGAAAGUCCUCUCUGUGUGGCGACGGCCGAACGUCGUGGUGCAGACCCCGAAGCUAAAUCCACCAUAAACCGGGCAACAGGGUUAACACGACACAUAAUCAAUACCAGCUCGCGUCUGCUCAACCUCCGUCAGGCGCCCAAGACUCGACUUGAGCAGGUAACCGACGUGGUGCCUGGGACUGUGGAGCCUUCGCCCAAGCAAACCCCCAACACAUCCGACAAUGAGAGCAGCGAUACGGAGACCUACACCAGCGGGGCGAGCCCGUCCAAACUGCCCCCCGGCAGCAGUAAACUGAUACGGAAAGAGGGUGGCUUGGAUGACAGCGUCUUCAUUGCUGUCAAGGAGAUAGGCCGCGACCUGUACCGAGGCCUGCCCACAGAUGAGCGCUCACAGAAGCUGGAGCUAAUGUUGGACAAACUACAGCAAGAGAUCGACCAGGAGCUGGAGCACAACAACUCCCUCAUGAACGAGGAGAAGGAGACUACAGACGCCCGGCGAAAGGCUCUGAUCAGCACUGCCCUGGCCAAGUCGGGGGAGAGACUUCAGGCACUGACGCUUCUAAUGAUCCACUACCGGGCUGGCAUUGAGGACUUGGAGAUGGUGGAGAGCAUGUCUCCUUCAGAGCAGCAAGGCUUGAAGAGCAAAGCAGAGAGUCUGGAGGAAGAAGUCCUGAUGGGACCGGAGGUGUACGACAGCGACACCUGCAGCCCUGUGGAAGUGCAGCUGCUGGACGACAUCAGCGAGGAGCAAAUCUGCGUGGAGGCGCUCCAUUAGCGCGUUAAAAUAUUGCUUUGGACUCUUCAGCGAAAUAAUGUCCCAUUAAGGACCUGACCUAGUCCACCUUAAACACGCAGUUUAAUGUCUUCUCAUUUGCACCUUUUUGUUUGCAUUUUAUAAAAGUCAAUGAAAUGAUGGUUUGGGGAACUUGUUCCUAAUCUUUUUAUUUGCACAGAAUGACGCCGUUCUAAGACCAGGACGUAUAAAUCUCUGCUGUCCAUGUUGCUCAUCACCCCUAUAAUGUGCUGAGUGUUUGUCGUCCGUUUCUUUGGUUCUGGUUUUCAUCUUCCUGCUUUGGUUGAAGGUUUUGCAGAAUUUGCACUUUUUUUCUGAACAUCUGGAACGACUGGUUCCCUGUGAGGAGUUAACCUUCAGAAACAGGCUAAAUGACCUGAAAUGUAAAACGUUUGUAAAAAGUCAUCCUUGAUUCUUGCUUUAAAGUUAUUUCUAUUGAUAAUUCUAAGAGUUUUUUUUUGUUGUUGACAUAUUUAUGUGUCUUUUCCUUUAAAUACACUCAAAUUUAUUUUGUGAA